AGGCACGUGCGCGGUCACGUGGGCGUUGCCUCUGCCUCCGCCAGGUGGCAUCCCCGGCUAUGGCUGCCUCUCCGUCCAGCCUCUUCGCUGGGCCCUCGGUGCUGAGCUGCCGAGUCCUGCUGCCGACGCUGCUUCUGCUGCUCCCGCCGCCAAUGCUGAGCUCGGGUUACAGAGAGGACGAAACCAAACCAGUCAUUCUCUUCCUCCUCUAUGUGGUCACUGUGCCUGAAGUUUGUGGUGCACCCUGGUGGUCGGAGGAUGGGGGUGUGACCCGCCAUUGGCCCUGGGAGGUGAGCCUCCGGAUAGAGAAUGAGCACGUGUGUGGAGGAGCCCUCAUUAACUCCAGCUGGGUGGUGACUGCUGCCCACUGCAUCCUAGGCACCAAGGAGUACUCAGUGAUGCUUGGCACUUCCAAGCUGCAGCCUGUGAACGUCACCAGGGCACUCUGGAUUCCUGUGAAGGACAUCAUUAUGCACCCCAAGUACUGGGGCCAGAAUUUCAUCAUAGGCGAUGUCGCCCUGCUCCACCUUCACACUCCCGUCAUCUUCAGCAACUACGUGCAGCCCAUCUGUCUCCCUGAGCCCAACCUCAACCUGAAGGUUGGGACGCAGUGCUGGGUGACUGGCUGGAGCCAGGUUAAACAAAGGUUUUCAGCUGACUCCGUGCUGACCACAGAGCUGCAGGAGGCCGAGGUGUUUAUCAUGGACAACAAGAGGUGUGACCGCAUCUACCACAGGAAGUCCAUCUUCCCCCGAGUUAUCCGCCUUGUCCUGAAGGACAUGGUCUGUGCCACCAACUAUGGAGACAACUUGUGCAAUGGGGAUUCCGGGGGACCAUUGGCUUGUGAAGUUGAGGGCAGAUGGAUUCUGGCUGGGGUGUUAUCCUGGGAAAAGGCCUGCGCAAAAGCAGAGAAUCCAGGCGUGUACACCCGCGUCACCAAAUAUACCAAAUGGAUCAAGAAGCAAAUGAGCAAUGGAGCCCUUGCAGGUGUCUGCGCCUCUGCCUGGCUCCUAUUCCUGUGCUGGCUGCUGCACUCCCGGGUGGGCCCCUGACAUCCCCCCCUUCUCUUCCUGCGUUGCCUCUGCUCAGUGGGGCUGGGUGGAGGUUGAGCAAGGUCACGUGUCCAUAUUCAGCAAGAGUCCGGGUGGCGAAAGAGUGGCCCCUGCAAGACUGGGUCUCACUUUGGCAUCCUCUCGGGGAGAAAUGUGGUGGAUGACUAGGCCUUGGGUGACCAGGAGAAGGGAAGUGUGGCCUGGAAAGGUCCUGGAAUAUGGGACCACAUAGCAGGGAUUAAACUUGUGCAAACCUGA